GAUGUUCAAACGCUUUUUUCUCAGAAAGAGAUCAAAAAACCAAAACGUGGCAGAGAAGGAAAUUCCUUCUACGUCUCAACAGAGCGUCCCGGAUGCUUCUGUUGCUGCCACAACACCUAACCAUGAAAAUGGUAUAAAGAAGAAGAAGAAAAUAAAAUGGAGACACUUCUUCUGCUGUUUCUCGGAAACUGACAGCGAUACAGAGGCAGAGACCCCCACUGUAAAGCCACAGAAAAAGUCCCGCUGGUCUAUUUUCAAAUUCUGGAAGAGAAGAAAUCAGGUUGCUCCAGAAACAACAGGGGAACCUGAUAAAAAGAGUGACAAAUUAAAGAACAUGCAGCAGGACUGUACACCUGCCAAGGCAGCACCACCAAAAGAAGACUGCCUAGAAACAAAAGGUCGAGAACUGGUUGCUCCAGAAACAACAGGGGAACCUGAUAAAAAGAGUGACAAAUUAAAGAACAUGCAGCAGGACUGUACUCCUGCCGAGGCAGCACCACCAAAAGAAGACUGCCUAGAAACAAAAGGUCGAGAACUGGUUGCUCCAGAAACAACAGGGGAACCUGAUAAAAAGAGUGACAAAUUAAAGAACAUGCAGCAGGACUGUACUCCUGCCGAGGCAGCACCACCAAAAGAAGACUGCCUAGAAACAAAAGGUCGAGAACUGGUUGCUCCAGAAACAACAGGGGAACCUGAUAAAAAGAGUGACAAAUUAAAGAACAUGCAGCAGGACUGUACACUUGCUGAGGCAGCACCACCAAAAGAAGACUGCCUAGAAACAAAAGGCCAAGAACUGGACAUCAAGCCUCCACUGAACAGUUCAGAGGACCUAGUACAGGUCAUAACUACAGACAAUCCCAGCAGCACCCAUAAGGAAUGUGGUGAAAGUUCCAACCAGGUUAGAAACACCACUGAACAUAGUGAGCCAUCAGACCUGAGUUGGGACACUUUGCUUAUGGAGUUUCUGGCACAAGAGGAUGGAUUGGAGCAGGUGUUUGACAUUUUAGGGAAAAAUUUGAAGGAUAGAAAAAAAAAGAAAAAUAAAGUUCAGACUGUGGACCGCUUCGGGUUUCCAAACAUUGUAAACAGCUGCUACAUGAACUCCUGCCUGCAGAGCCUCUUCAACAAUGAGGAGUUCAUUAGAGAUGUCAGCCGUCAGGAGACUUUGUGGAGAGCAGUCCCAGAAGCUCGGCUCUUAAGAAGGCUCAUGAACAUCAGGAACUGUCAUGAAUCAAGAGAUUAUGACCUUAAAAAACGCCACCUAAUGUCUUUUAAGAAGGCAUUCAGCCAACAGGUUCCUGAAUACGAAGGCAGUGCACAGAAAGACGCUCAUGAAUUCCUAACCUUUUUCCUCAAUGAGGUGAAAAGCCUCUCACCUCACCUGAAGAGGGAAGCAGCUCUCCUGGGCCGAAGUUAUACCUGCCCAGUAGAAGACCAUCAUGUUUUCAAAAUGGAAAACAUGAGGACAUGCAAGAGCUGCGGUCACCAGUCAUCACAACAGGAGGAAUUUACAAGCUUGUCCCUUGACCUGGUUCCAGAGGGGUCUGUUGAGGACAUGUUAGGGACAUACUUGAAGGAACAAAAAAUCGAAUUUACCUGUGACUGUGGAGGGACGACCUCGGAAGUGAAGCAGUCUUUUGAUACACUGCCAAGAGUUCUCAUCUUUCACCUGAAGAGGUUUGGCUUUACAAAAACCCACAAGCUUCAGAAGGUGAAUGACCCCGUCAGGCUGCAGAGGGACUUGGUGGUGUCAUCCAAACAGGGUGAUGGCCGUUAUGAACUCAUAAGCAUCAUUAGUCACUAUGGAGGCACAGAAUCAGGACACUACAUCUGUCAUUCUGUGCAUCCUGAGGAGAGCCCACAGUCUACAUCAGAUCAUUGGCUCACCUAUAAUGAUGCACGGGUGCUCCACACAACUGGAUCGGCAGUUUUUGAGGAACAGCAGCAGUCUGCCUACAUCCUGUUUUACAAGAGAAACGGUGUGGAAGCAAGUUAGAGCCAUCAUCGUGCUGAGAAGGAACAACCGUCGUCUCAGACCGCUGGUAAGUAUUGCCCUUAGGAGGAAG